ACCAAAACUCCACUGCGAGAGGAGACAACUCUGGCGGGGUGUACGUGAGGAGAAAAAUUUGCCAUCAAAAAUCCUAUUUUGGACAAAAGUUAAUAGAAAACAAGAACUCACCAUGAAAGUAUCCAUUUUUGGCGAGCUAAACACUUUCGAGCUGUUUGUCCUGUGCACUGUGAUUCCGGCGGUCUUCGUUUACCUAUGGAGCCUAAUAACUGGUGAUUUAAAGAACUUCAAGGCCAGUAAAUUGGGUUAUACUGUGUACACGGCCAGGGACCCCGUUAAUUGCUAUCAGGACUAUGUGCCGGAAAAACAAAAGGAUUCUUAGGAUACCUAUACUACAUUAGCAAUACUAAAUUGUAUAAAACUUGUACAUAGAUAUUUUCAAGAAACCUGAUGAUCGAAGAAAUCUAUUAAGAGCAAUAAACAUGUGUUGCCAUCGUUUUUAUAAAUGAAA